AAACACACACGGUUCCCAGCUGCGACCAUGUGCAGUCGCAGUCCAAACAAUCUACCAGUGAAACUCUGUUAAAGAAUUUACGUUCGCCCGAGACCUCAUCGUUCCAUGUGUAGACAAGUGAGAGAGAAGGUUCAGUGCGUGUGUGUGUGUGUCACUUUCAUCUGUAAAGUUCUCCAGGCCAGUUUUUACGAAAGUUCUUUUUUUUAUUAUUUUGUGUCGACUAAAAGCGGGAUGACCAUUAGAUGAGAGCCGGGCACCGUUAUCCGCGGUCAAGCCCGCGGCGCUUCUUCUUCACGACGGCCAGACUUUAUCGUCCGUAAACUCUUGCCAAGAAGAAGAAGAAGAACUAGACUCCGAAGAAGAAGAAGAAGAAGAGGCACCUCGACAGAGAAGAGUCGAAGAGGAAGUCGAAAAAGAGAUGGUCACGCUCGAGUGAAUUCAGUUGUUUGUCUUGAUCGCGUCCAUCGCCACGUCGCAUUUAGUGGAGCGCUUCUCUCUCUCUUUCUCGUUCAUCGAGGCCAUUGUCGUUGGCUUCACAACGUGAUGAGACCUAAAUAUAUAUCCAUCGCGCCCCGCUCUUUGCCAGCAACAACCCUUUUUAGUUUUUCAUAAUCCGUCCCCCUCCGCUGGCAAAUAAUAACAGAAAAGGAAACAACAACAACAAGACAGUGUAGCUGGAGACCCCUUUUCAUUCGGUCGCGCCAGAAAACAACAACAAAAAAGAAACGACACACAACAACAACAAUAAGAGAGAACCAGAAAAGAAAAAGAAGAGGCCAAAGGGAAGUGGAGGUCAUGUUGCGGUCGCGCAGUCUUGAUCUUUCGUUCAUCCGCCGUCGCGGCCGGAAGCGCUCGGCAAUUUUGGGCUCGGUCGGCCAGGCUUUUUUCAGGAGCACGUGCGUCAUGGCUGCCGUGACCAGCGCCAGCGAUAUGCUGCUGGCGGCUCCGUCGAAACGUUCCAGAGGACUGGCGGAUAUCGACCCGAAAUUCGUCUCCAACAGCGGACUCAGCGGUCUCUCGGAGCUGGGGACACCUCGCGGCGGAAGCGUUCGCAUCCAGCACCGACCGCCCAAGCAUCCCGUCCUGUCGUCGAGUAGCAACGCCGCCGGAGCUGCCGGAGCCAGCGGAAUGAUCGUCACUUCGUGUUCACCGUCGUCGGCAGCGGCCGCCGUCGAGACGUCGCGUUUCCCCAAGCUGGACGAGUGCGCCCAUUUUCACUACGAUGUCGUCGAUCUCGGACCGUUAACGAUCCAGCUGCACGAAGAGACGGGCAAGGUGGUCUCCUCCUCCAUUGAAUCGGAAGUGCCGCUGGUGGCGCUGCAAAUCACCAGCUACGGCAAAUCGUGGGUCCUCCGUCGCUCCUACGAGCAUUUCCGGCUGCUGGACGAGCAGCUCCACCGUUGCAUCUACGAUCGCAAGUUCAGCCAACUGCCUCUCCUGCCCGAAAACGUCAACCAUCCAGCCGAGGUGGCGCUGAGACCUUUGCUGUCCAACUACGUCAAUCGGCUGAGCGCCAUCGCUGGCAAUUUAAUCAACUGCGCUCCCGUCCUCAACUGGCUGGAAGUGGACAACCGAGGCCGGCGGCUCUACCCACCUCCGCCGUCCGACGAUGCAGACGCCGAGAUCAACACGCCGGCCGUGGCCGCUGCCUACGCCGUGCGCCGUUACGCGGCCGUUGCAUCGGACGAGAUCAGCUUCGAAGUGGGUGAUAUGAUAUCCGUGAUCGAUAUGCCUCCGCCGGAAGAGAGCAUGUGGUGGCGAGGCAAACGCGGAUUUGAUGUCGGAUUCUUUCCGUCCGAGUGUGUCCGGAUCAUCGGCGACAAAGUGCCGGCUCAUUUGUCAUUACCCAACACGACGCCCGUCGUCGUGGUCGGCGGCGGGAGCGGCGGAGGAGGAUCGAAUCCGGGCGGCGCCAGCAGCAGCAGCAAGGCUCACCACCUGCUGAAUCAGUCCGGAUGCAGUGGUGGCGGAGGCAGCGGCAGCAGCAGCGCCGAGCAUUUGCCCACCAAACCUGUUUUGCGCAAGCACGGCAAGCUCAUCUCCUUUUUCAGGAGUUUCAUCUUAUCGAGGCCGUCUCGCCGUAAACUGAAGCAGUCGGGCAUCUUGAAGGAGCGCGUUUUCGGCUGCGACCUGGGCGAACAUUUGCUCAAUUCGGGACGUGAGAUCCCGAUGGUGUUGAAAUGCUGCGCCGAGUUCAUCGAGGAGUACGGCAUCGUCGAUGGCAUUUAUCGAUUGUCGGGCAUCACCUCCAACAUCCAAAAGCUCAGAAAUGCUUUUGACGAGGACAGGGUGCCGGCUCUGGUGGAGGACGAGGCCAUCCGACAGGAUAUGCAUGCCGUUUCCUCGCUGCUCAAAAUGUAUUUCCGCGAGCUGCCCAACCCGCUGUGCACCUACCAGCUCUACGACCAGUUCGUCAACGCCGUCCAGGGACCUGAUCAUCUCAGAGUGGUUCGAAUGCGCGAGGUGGUCCAGCAACUGCCGCCGCCUCAUUUCCGCACGCUCGAGUACUUGACUCGACAUUUGGCGCGGGUGGCAGAAAAUAAUGCCUCGACGGGCAUGACGGCCAAGAAUGUGGCCAUUGUAUGGGCGCCGAAUUUGCUGCGUUGCAAAGAACUGGAAUUUGGUGGCGUUGCUGCACUUCAGGGAGUGGGCGUGCAAGCGGUAGUGACGGAAUGUCUGGUACGGUACGUCGAUUUGAUCUUCAGCGAUAAGGUGCCGGCCAUCCCCGUCCAGCUCAGCAGCGACGAGCAGCCGAGCAGCGUCGGCGGCGGCGGAGCCUUGAAGAGGACCCGACCCAAAUCGCUGGCCAUCUCGACGCCGACCAAGCUCCUCUCGCUGGAGGAAGCGCGUAACCGGGCCCUGCAACUGGCCAGCAGUCAGAAUGACACGCAGUACAUUGAGGUGGGCGGUGGGCCAGCCUCGCUUCCGCCAAAGUAUCACACGGUCAUCGAGUUACCCAACGGUGACGCUCGCAGCAAGCGCGGCCACAGCCUCAAGCACAAGAAAUCGCCGCUUGGCUGGAAAUCACUUUUCGCCAAGCCCAGCAAGGGCCGCUCGCCUUCCGCCAACAAGGCCCAGCGCAAGAACUCAUCUGCCAGCACCAGCUCCACCGUCAGCAUGCCGGCCCAGGUGGCUGGAUCUGGCGGCUCUUGCUCGUCUGCCACUCCGCAACGGGCCAUGACGUACGUCCGGCCGAGAUUGAGACCCGUCAAGAGCGCCGAAUCUCUUGUGGCUUCCAACCGCAACUCGUCGGCCGGCGAGUCCAGCCAACUGACAAGUCCAGCCGAAGCAGUAGCCCUCACCACCACCAAACCGGCCGAUCAUCAGUCAGAGCGCAGCAGCGGCCCGUCACCGCUGAGGGAUGGCGAAGAUUCGGCUGUGCGAUUGGCCGGCGACGGUGAUGACGAGUCGAUUCAAGACGGGUCGCUGUCCCGCUGUCACAACCGCUCCGUCUCUCACGACUCGUACUUCCGCCUGCUCAUGACCAGCCGGACGGGCAGCAUGCAAGUCGAUCCGCUGGACGAGGAGGGCGACGCCAGUCCAGAAGCCAGCGCACGUCAGCCAGGACAGUCCAACGACGCCAUUUACGCUGAGAUCUCAAAAUCCGGAACCAAAAAUUUGAAAGAGGAGACCACACGAACGCGGGGCUCGCCGUCCAUCGAGUCGCCAGGUCUCGAAUUCGGUAAGAACAUGAACCUGACGGCGGUGGAAGACCCCCAUUCCGGCAGCUCCAAGAUGUCAUUGAUCGAUCUGAGCCACCUGGACGACAGCGAAUUGAAUAUUAUGAACAGCCGGGAAAUGCUGGCCGUAUCCAAGAAGCUGUCUGACGAUUCCAGCCGUCAGAUUAGUAGCGGCGGUGGGAGUAGCAGCAGCAGCAGCAGCCACCACAGCGAGGACGGUAGCUGCGUGGGGAGGGCGCGGCCGGCCAGUGUGGAUGAUAGCGUCAUUGACGACUCGGCCAGGGGAAUGCCCAUGAACGCGGAGCAGAUCGACGGAAAAGGAAAUUGGGCGGCCAGCAAUCCCGCCUACGAGCUCUUUUGCAUUCAGGCCGAAGUGCACCACCACCACCACCGUCACAGGAUGGAUGCUGCCGGUGGCGGACGCUCACCUUCGCCCGAUAACACUGACGCCCAGAUGCCAGACAUGCCCAGCGAAAUGGCCAUGGACGGAGACAACGAUUCCCUCGUCAAUGUCACUACGGAAGAUUACAGCUCGACGGAAGUGCCCGUGGGCUCGGAUGAUCGUGAGAGCUACACUUUGCACGGCCUCAAUGACGUUUACGAGAACGUCAACGUGGCUGACAACAGGACGGCCGACGUCGAAAGCCUUCGACGGACGACAAGUUCACCUGCACCGGCGGUGGCGUCUGCUGGGGCGGCCUACGAGAAUUUUGCCGAUAAUCACGCCUACGCCAUGGUGAGAGUCUCGAGUUCGAGCCAAGACGCCACCUACGAAAACGUCAUCGAUCCGGCCAUCGUUGACGAAGAAGAAUACGAGCCCAUCGAGCCGCCGCUGGACCAGCCUGGCGAACCGGUGGGCGUGUCUUACGAGAACGUGGAUCAGGCCAAAUACGAGAACAUUGAGCAGCAGCAGCUGCAGCAGCACGAGACGGAGAUGACGGCCCAGUCCAAUUACGAGAAUCUCGAUCAGCCCAGCUACGAAAACAUUGACGAAGGAGGCGCUUCCGUUGCGGAUGUCGGAGGCGAAAACGACACGAUCGACGUCGACGGUGGCGAGACGUACGAAAACGUCGUUCUCAGGGACACGGCGUCCGGCAACAAGUCCCUGAAACCCCUGGAGAUUGUCAACGUCUACGAGGACGUGAUCCCGCCGCCUCCCCGGACGGACGAAUCGGAAGAAGUCAUUUACUAUCAGGUCAAAGUGCUGCGCCAAUCGAUCCAGGAAGUCAACGAGCUUUUGCGUGAAGAUCCGACGGUUCUUCAGAUCGCCAUCGCCGAUCUCGGCGACUAUCCCGUCAGAAACAACACGACGUCGUCGUCUCCCGUCAAGAUCCGCGCCAGCCCGGCCAAGGAAGCGGCGUCCGAAUCGACUGCGACGACGCCCGUUUCCUUGCACGAGCGGAAGGAUGCCAACAGCCGGAAAACAUCCGCAGCCAAAGAUUCUCCUUCCUCGUGCGACGCCAAGUUGUCGGCCUUUGUCAUCAAGGACAUUGCCGUCGACGCCCCGCCCAAAGUUACCCCGCCCAAGGGUGUCCGUCUCUCGCUGUCGCCCAAGUUGUCGUCGAGUGACGAUUCCGACAAACAGGCGGAGUCGAGCCGCAACGUCAAGGAGCCGCAGCAGCCGCACCACCACCUACCUCUAUCCGUUUCGCUUCCGAGUUUGCUCAAUACCAACAACAAAGUGGCGUCGCAAAAGCUGCAGACGUCGUCGUCGCUGGCGUCGCCGCCGCCGCCCCACACGAUGAACACCACGAGUCUACCUCCCACGCCGCUCUACGAUCUCCAUCCGGAAAGCGAGUCGGUGUCGAGUAAGCGCCGCUUCGAGUCGGAAAUCGGACGCGAUUUACUCCGCGAGCGCCGGAUCCGCAACGAAAUUGAAAAUUCCCGCCGAUCGGAGAGCAAUCUCCUCCAGUCGUCCGAGCCGACUUCGCCGGCCAGGCGUCUGUCGACGUCGGAAUCGUCGUCUUCGUUGAAAUCCGCCCACGGCGGCAAACCCGCUCUGCCCAUCAAAUUGAAUUCCAGCAAGAGAACGGAACCGCCCAAGAAUCUCCAGCCGCUGUCGCCCGUCAAGAAGAUGGUCGAGGCCGCUCCCCAGUUGGUUGUCCGGCCGACCACGCUCGAGACGUCGUUCGACUACGAGCCGACUCCGCUUCAACGAAGAGCUUCCUCGCCGCUGUCGUCCGUCAGUCCGCUCUCGCCCGUCAGCCCGACGUCAGAAGGCCGGAAUUUCACGUCUUCCGCCGCUCGCAAAACGAGCGUCAAAGAGUUGCUCAACAAAUUUCAAACCGGUGGCGACAACAACAGCGAACGAUCCAACCAACAACAACAACAGCAGCGGGUGAGCACGCCCACGUCACCUGUCAAACCGGCCACCCCGGUUUCGUCGCCCAACAACAAACAGCAGCAGCAGCAGCAGCAGCAACUGGCCACGCACCUGCUGGACGAGUCUAAAAAGAUGAAGGACGAAGGCAAGGAGAACAUUGAAAUUCACCUGGCGCCGCCCAAAUCGUCGCCCAUCAUCAGCAACAACCCGGUGGAGAGCGAGAGGUGCGAGAUGAUGAUGCUGGGCGAGAGCAACACGGACGCCUGCAAAACGAUGAUGCAGGGAGACUCGGCCCUGGAUCAGGACGCCAAGGAGCUGCUGCGCCAGAAAUCGUUGGGCAUCGACAUGAGCGACCCGAGGACCAGGUUGAGGAUCGAACGCUACAAGGAGGAGCGGCGCUCCUUCCUGCGCGAAAAGUACAAAUCCGAGAGCUUCCGCAGUGACAGCAAAGAGGACGCCGUCAUUGUCCGUCUCAAGCAGAAAGCCGGAAGUCCGACUCAUCAGCAGAACGAGUCGGGCGGUGGUCACCACAUGGUGGACGACGUGGUGUUGGGUGUCUCACCUCCGCCUCCGCCGCCAUCCCUGCAAAUGCCGGAUCCGGGUCUCAUCGACGAAGACGUCAACGUCAAGGAGAGGGCGGCUCAAUGGGCCCAGACCCUUCCGGCUACUCUGGUGGCCGCUGCGGCCGUCGCAGCCGCCACCGCCACUACAACCUCCGCCACCACAGUCUCUGCUGUUCCCAUCACCAUCGCAACAUCACCGAUCAAAACGGUGUCGCCCACGCACCGGAGUUGCUCCGAGGCCGUCGGCGUCGUUCCGCAACACAAGCGCAUCCGUGACAUGGCCGCCUUGUUCGAAAAGGAAACGCCGUAAAUAUUAUCAUUUCCGUUUUUAGAUAUAAAUCAAUAAAAAAAAACAAAAAACAAAAAAUGUUUUCACGAUCCUCCUCCUCCCCGCCGACAGCUGCGAAGGAAAGGAAGAAAAAACCCACACAUUUUUGAUGUGCCUAAUAAAUUUCUAGGCACACGAUAUUAUAUACGGCCAUCGUAACAACCCAAUAACAUUGAAAAAUGAAAGUAAUUUGAUAGACGCAAAAAGGAAAAAAAGGAAACAAAUUCAAUAACUCAAUCCCAGUUUGUUUGUUUCGUUUUUUUUUUUUUGUUCUUUUGU